GAAGCACGUCGUAUAAAUACGCCGGGUUGUCAAACAGUAAAGUUUCUCUGGAAGCUCUGAGGAAACUGUCAGCGGCGAACGGAUGGAAAUAUCGUUCUAUUCUGGAAUUGACGCGCUUUUGCUGAAAUAAACCAAGACUGACAUCGGCUGGGCUCCAAUGACUCAACUGAACUGUCGGUACUGGUGCAGGAGCCAAGCUAACGUUGGGACUCGGAAGACUCUGCACCGACAGACUGGCCUGCACCUGCUGCUCCUGCCUUCACGCUACCUGUAAACAUGGUGACGAUAAAAACACUCGACUCUGUUGAAUAAGCUGCAGGAAAGCUCUUUUUGUGCCGUUGCUGUCACUCUUAACUGUAGCCUCCGCUGUGAAGACUGUGCCAAACGUUGCGAUGCAUCUCGAGGUGAAGGUUGCGCUCAACUUCAUCGUGUCCUACCUGUACAACAAGCUGCCUCGGCGCCGUGCCGACCUAUUUGGGGAGGAGUUGGAGAGGAUACUGGUGUCUCGCUUUGAAGGACACUGGUACCCGGAGGCCCCUCUGCGCGGGUCCGCCUUCCGCUGCAUCCACUUGGGCGCCCCCAGGGACCCCGUGGUGGAACUGGCUGCCAAAAGAAGUGGCCUGGACACGGAAGAGGUGCGUGCAAAUGUUCCUGCGGAGCUCAGUGUGUGGAUCGACCCCUACGAGGUCUCCUACCAGAUCGGGGAGAAGGGGACCGUGAAAGUGCUGUACCUGGAGGACCCUCCGGGACUGGGCUGUGAACCGGACAGGCCUGAGCCACUGAUGCGGGAAGUGAAAGGAGAGUCAGAGAGCGAGGAGUCCAAGACUCUGGGCUUCAACCCAGACGCUCAGGUGUUCGUCCCCAUUGGAAGCCAGUCGUCGCCGGCCCUGAUGCCGUCCCUCUCCAGCUCCCCCACGCCGUGUCCCGGCCUCUUCAGCUACCCCAGCUCCAGCCCUCCCACAGAUGCCGCCGCCCACUCCUCCAACACUUCCACGCCCUCGCCCCCCGGGGGGCUGCCCUACCUCUCCACGCAGCAGCCGCCCGCCGCUCUCCCUGCCGCCCGUCCUCAGCCCAUCACCUUCACCACCGCCAGCUUCGCCGCCACUAAAUUUGGCUCGACCAAGAUGAAGAAGUGCAGCACGGCCGGCAGCUCUGCCACGGCUGUCGGGGCACCAUCUACUCAGAGGAUGCUCACUCACUCCCCCACCGCCAUCUUGGCCCCGGAGCUACUCAAGCACAAGCCGCUGUCGCUCUCCCUGCACUCCCUCGGGGGGCCCAUCCCCAGCCAGCUCUCGCCCAACGCCAAAGAGUUUGUCUACCCGGGCUCCCCCAGCUCCCUUUACUUUGACGCCGACCCCCAGCCCAUGCAGCCUCUCGCCAGCCCUUUCCAGGCACCUCACUCUGUCACCAACCACCCGAGCUUUGACCCCUUCGCCAGCCCUCCUCCUGCCCAGGGCGUGGGCAUCAUGGGCAGCAACGGAGGGAUCUCCUACAUGGAGAAGCCUCCGUUCGUGGAGGGCCUCGGGAGCUACAACCUGCAAUACCCCAGCCAGUCUUUCCAGCCUGUGGUGCUGGCCAACUAAGCCUUUGUUUGUACCAACGCUUCAGAUGUUUUCACUUUCCUAACCAGUCUCACUAAUACAAGAUAAGACUUAGUUAUAGGGCAGAGGUGGAGGGAACACCCGUGUCUUUGGUUCUGUCUGCAAUCUUCUGUGUGGAAUGUGAUGGUCUUCGUUGGGGCGGCUGACCCAGUCUCCAUUUCGCACUGCACUGUCAUGCUGUGGAAAUGGAGGAGACCCAGUCCUGCAGAGGAGGUGGGCUGUGGAGAGCUCAGCACUUUGCUCUGCCCUACUUGCCACUCAUGUAUAGAUGAGGCUGCCAUGGCCCCGUGUGCAGCGAUGUGUGUGCAGUUCUGUCGGGGCGGAGCAUGCCGCCUCCUUCUGGAUCUGACUCUUGAUGUCACCAGAUGUGGACCUGGGUCUGAAUGUACUGUGGGAGUGGGAAGCCUCUGUUGCGCUAACUCGUACACACAUUCCCAAUCAGCAGUGUGUGAAGGUGAGCGGGGGGACAGGGGCUGGCUGAGCAUGAGGAGUGAGAGAGAGGAGAGACAGUGGAAGCUGCAGGAAGGCUGUGUUGCCUCGGUGAUGACUGAUGAUUGGCUCAGAGAAACCUGACUUUGAAAGCCCGCACACGUUCCUGCCCAUCUUAGAUGGUAUUGAAGCUAAAGUCCACUUGCUUCUUUAAAUUCCUCUGGAAGAGGGUGGGAGAGAGGGCCACUGCGGUCAGAGAUGGAUGCUCUUCAUCACCAUCUGUGCUCCCUCGCUGCUCCUCAGCCAUGACACGUCCGUUUGAGCUGUCAGCACUUUAUUACCACACUCUGGUCUGUGUGUCGCCCCGCCCCCACCCCAACAGACUACGUCGCUACCCUCUUUGUUUUGAAUGUUUUCCAAGUGUUUUUGUACAAGCCCCCCUCCACUUGAAUUGUGACCGCUCGUCAUACGCAUGCUACCGUCUUCUCAAGGGGAAUGGGCGGGGCUAAAGUGGGAGUAGGUAGGCGGGCGGGCGGGCUACACUGGAUCAGGAUCAGGAGGGAAAUCUUUCCAGAUUUUCAUUUUCACUGACAUUUGUAUACCAGAAGUCCAGGAACAUGUAAAUAGAUCUCGAGUUCUUCUGUUGAGAUUAUUUGUUUAGUUUCUUACACGCUGAAUUAUUUUUUCAAAAACGUGAAUAUAUGCAAACAAAGAUGUUUAGAGUGGAGUUCUGAAUGUGUAUCCUACCUUGUACAGUCCGACCAGACGGUGGUUGGACCUGGAGUCGAUGAAUGUUUACAGUGGGUUUGUGUGGGAAAAGAUGGCUGGCGUUUCUGGUCUUUGCUGGCGGGGCCACCUCAUUGGCUGCUCAUCCAACAUGGCUCCUUUGGGCCUAAUUGUUUACCCCGCUCUGAAUAGUUCCUGUCCUCUGCAGCAGAUUAGCUGCAGCAGAAUUCAGCCGCAGUUCGACUGAAGCCGUUGAUGAAACAGCCAUAGCCCCGCCGUCUCACGCCCUUCCCUCCUCCCACCACCAGCAGGUGGCGGGCUCUCUACCUCCCUCCAGUAUUCCCGGUUCCUCCCUCUUCAGUCGGUGUUAAAGCAGGUUGGAAUGAUGAAGGAAAACGAAUGUGCUGUGAAUGUGCGGAUCGUUGUGACGAUUCCUCUCCGUGUUCAUCCAGUUACCAAGCGAGGGGCAUCGCUAGUUCUGCAGGAUGUCGGUGAACUUUCUUGUCGUGUGUUGAUCAGGAUUUCCACGUCAUUCACAAUCAGGACUGAGAACUAAGGAAACCUUUUCUAUUCCGAUGUCCCUUUGCUUAUACCGUGCGUUUUAUUUUGCACUUGGGGAAAUUACAAUGUCAUAAAAGAAGUUUAUUUUCUAUGUAAUAACCUCUAAAUGUAAUCUAAAGAGUUUAAAUGAUCUAUUAAUAUAGUUCUUUAUUUACUGUAUGUUUCUGUUCUGUUAUUUUGUAUGGCUCUGAACACCCUGUAGAUGUGUAACCCAUCUUUCACUACUGAAAUGCAAUGACCUGUUUUCUGUGCUGCCCCCUGGUGAAGGGGAGUUACUACUGCAGUUUCUUAUUGUAUCAGAUUCUUUUUUAAGUUUGUAAUAAAAUGAGAUUGGCAACAA